AUGUCUAUCUUCAACUCAGUCCUCGGCUCGUUCUCACCUCCGCCACGAUUUCGAAAGUCCUUCGAAGACCCGCACGCGCGCGAACAUGAGCUUCCACUGUACAACUCUCCGCCGUCUCCGCGAAUACCACCUCCUGUAACUUUGUCGGUACUAUGGAACGCUCCAAAAACCAGCCUAUCUCCACCUCCACGAGUUCCCGACGACCUACUAGUUUUGCAACGGCGAGCGAGGCAUCUCGAACAACAGCUGCAAGAGCUACUCGACGCGCAAGCUGAUGGGCUGAUGGGUGGUCGUGGCGGGGGAGACGCUAUACCAGAUGAUCUCGUAUCAAAUGGAAGCACUACACCGACUGUUAGCAGUGUCCGAUCGAGCGAUCAAGGUGCGGAGAAUGGAAACGGCCACAACGGAACGCGGAGGAAGAAAGUGGGACUGAAUGUAGCAAGACUAGGCAUAUCUAAACGAAUAAGGCAACUUGCCAGUGUCAAGUCCGAGGAACUAGAUCUUCUAGACGAGGACCUUAGGAAACUGCAAAGCACGGUGGAGAAGACCGAUGCAUGGAGCCAAAAGCGCGUACGGCUCGAGAAGAAGAUCAGAGACAUAGAGAACGAGGACGCUGGUGCGAAAGCGCAAAGCCUACAGACGGAAGCCUCGAAGCUAGAACAGGAGAUUCGACAAAAGGAAGAAGAGCUAUGGUCGCUCAAGAGACGACAUCGGAAGGUCUUGGACGAGCUGGCUGAUACCGAAAACUCUGUGGAAGCGAAACUGGCAUCUUACAAGACAUCGUUGUCGCUAUUAGAUCGGGAAGUUUCAAAUUUCCUUGCGCGACCUCCAAACGUGGACCACGUACCAAUGUCAUCAUCCUUGUUCCUUACGUUACCCGCGAAACGACGGACGCUCGAAAUGGCGCGUGAGUACUGGCAGGACAAAUACACAAGACUGGCUGAAAAAUGCGAAGAGGUCGAUACAGAUCGCGGUGCGCUUGAUGAGGGUGCGGUAUUGUGGUCCGAUGUUGUGAAGAAAGUAGAAGACUACGAAACAAGCCUGCAAGACUAUAUGCAACCCGCAACACGAAAGAGCGCUCCCAAUCCCAAUAAACUUCUCGAGCAAAUGGAUACAACUAUUGCCUACUUGGAGGAGAAGCUAGAGCUUGCCUCGUCGCGGAGUUGGAACUUAUUGGUUUGCGCCAUUGGUGCCGAACUCGAAGCAUUCAUACAGGGCAAGAAUAUGUUAGAAGAGGCUCUUGGAUCGAAACGAAAGGGCAAAGAGCGGGCUGCAGAACCGCUGAUAGACCAUGAUGGCUAUGAGGCCAAGCAACCUGAAGAAAUGACGGUAUCUGCUAUAAGAAUUACUCGGUCUCCGCCGAGACAGCCCACGCCGCCUAAACAGACAUAUUUUGACUCUGAAGACGAUGAUCCGGAUCCUGAGCUUAUGAUUUCACAUCAGGAUACCGAUACUGACUAA